GGGGCGGUGGGCCCCGCCCGCGCCGCAGGUCCGCGUGCGUGUGGCCGUCGCGCGCCGGAGCGGGCGGGCGGAGCGGGGACGGCGGUGCCGCGCGCCUCUCCCCGGCCCUCCUCGGCGCGCGCGGCUCGUGGCGUGGGAGGGGGAGCGGCCCCGUCCCGAGAGCCGAGGCCGAGCUGGGGCCGCGAAGACCUUGUUUUUGCCUGAGGAGGGCACAGGGUUGCUUUUCAGAUUUGCGUUCAUAUUUUCUUAAGAAAGCAUAUGCUCUCCAAACUGCUUUUCCAUUUUCCUUAUAAUAAAUGAUGCGUGGCUGAGACUAUUGAAGUGUUUUAAAAGCUGCAGGUGCCCAGGACGCUGUAAAUAGUGUCAGUUUGAAUGACUUUUGGGUAUUUUUAAACAAUUUUGUGUAGGGACCUGAAAGAUGUAUUUUUUAGCGAGAGAUAGGAAAUGAGUUUAUGUAGGAUUUCAGCAUCAGUGUUGGAGUAAUCAGAUUUCAGUGGUUGGUGCAGCCUUGCAAAUAAAUGGCCACUUGUCCUUGUGCUUGAGUCUUAAGUAUUCAUUUUGAGCUAGUUCUUUAGGAUCAGCUGACUGCUAAUUGUAAUUCAUAGUAGACCAUGUAAAGGUUGUAUUCUUAAUUGAUGAGCAGAGAUAAAAGCUAACAGUUAACACUAUACCUCUUAGCAAGUUUUCUCUGCUUCUUUGUGGAUCAUUCUGGUACAGUUAAACUAACCUUUGUCUAGAUGAAGAGCAUCACUUGGUAAAAUAACACACUAGCUUUGUUUCUACCAUUAGUACAUAUUAGCUUAUAUAUGGGUAAUCAUAUGUAUAAUUUUUUAACCACUUAGUUUGACUCUAAAGUUGGAAAAUUAGGGACAAUAAUAAUGGGCAAUGUUGAACACUGUUUGUUUGCCAGGCCUGUGCCAGAUGGUCUCCAUGCUUUAUCUCAUUUAAUCUUCCCGGAUAACUUCUUGCAUAAGCAUAGAUUGCUCAAAUAUCUUUGAAUACACGAGUUUGAUUUGAAUGUGUCCAAAUGUGGAAUAUGUACCUUAAUUACUUCUGUUUCUGCUUCUGUAAAAUAAGGGUGUUGGCAAUAUAAAAUGACUCAUGGAGUAAAUUAAUGUGUUUUUCAACUUGAAAGAAAGCUUUAAAAUUGCAUAGAGCUGCAAUUAGUCCCUUUCUUUGGGUAUUCAGGAGUUCCCAAAGCCCUGUGUCUCCUGUGUAUCCAAGUGCCCGUUACAUCUCAUUGUCACCCAAAGAACAGGCUAUGCGAGGACAGAGGAAAAGGCAAAUGUUGGCAAAGCCUUUAUGGCUCCUUCUGAAAGGCCCUCUCUUUCCAUAUUUAGUUUCUAAGUGACAUGCCUAAUUAAGGGUUAACAAAUGACAAUGAAACAGGAAGAGUAAUUUUCCAGUACCAAACCAAGGAAAUGAAAAACUGGGUUGACUGUUACUGUGUCGAUGAGUCAGACGUUCAUGGGCAUGUGAAUGUAAAGAAUGUUAGAUCAUCUACAUUGUUGGGGUCUACCUGUUUCAGUUUGCCUUUAAAUAUCUUGUACAUGUAAUUCAGUUUCAAGUCCAGUACUUUGUGCAUUAAGUUUUUAAUUGGAUUUAAAUAAGUAUUUUUGACUUCCUUAAUCUGUUUAUUUUGGCUCUGUUUCCAAGAUACAAUUUAAGGGUUUAUAGAGUCAUAACAGUGAUGAGAAUGAUGGUGGAGUCUAACAGUUUGCAUCUUGUAGGAGUAGAAGUGUUGGAAAGGACUGGGGAGGGUGAGGGAAGUGCUUGGAAAUGUGUCUUAGUUGUGAUUAGAGCAUAUUGGACCUAACCUGUCUUCUGAUUCUAGAGGGCCAUCGUUGGAGAGGAAGAGAUUGUGCAUGCGCUGCCAGUCAGCAUUUUCCUUUACCUAGAGGCAUUCUCUGUGGGGAGGGGCUGAGUGGAGAGUUGACCUCAAGUCUGGAUGGAUGGAAGGAUGGAAGGAUGGAAGAAGAAAAGGAUGCACUUGUUGUUUCUGGAGUUAAUGCUUCCACCCAUCGUGACUAACUGAUACUUGCCACCACAUGCGUCUUCAGGCACUUUCCUAGGAGAUAUUUGAUACUUAUGGGCAGGUGCUAGUAGAUGAAGUAAAGAGGGGAAAGAAAGGAGGGGAGGAGACGAAGCGCAAGGGUACACAGCACAGCAUCAGUUGGCUUUCAUUUGGGCAGUUUAGGAACUGAGCCUCUGCGAUGAAAAUCAUCCCCAUAAUGUUAACUGUAUGUGUUCAUAAACUUUUACAAGUUAUUUGUGUCCAGAAAUAUGGAGACUAACCCUUUAAUGUGCUUUAUAAACAAUGAAACAUGUUUAGAAUACAGUGCAUGAAAAGUUAGUGACUUUUGCAUGACAGCCAUUUCUGCGUGUUUGUCCUUGGAAACUGGAGUGACUACGAUGCCAGCAUUGGCUCCUGUUUGUAGGGCAUGUAAGUGAUGUGUUUCAUCAGAUUGGAAGACAAGCCCUUCUCAUUCCUUACUUCAAAACUUGGCUCUCACACGGGGUGCCCUUGAAGCCUGUGUCACUCAUUGCCAUAUCCCCACAGCCUAGAACAGAGCCUGGUGUAUGGAAGGUGCUCAGUAAAUGUUUGUGGAAUGAACAAAAAUCCAUUGGAAUCAUCUUGGCUGGUUUUUCCACUAGUGAAGAUCUCACUUUACCUUUCCAGGCAGGCCCACUCAGUCUUACCCUCUGCAGAGUCCGCAGCCGGUCAGAAGCCCUUUGAAUAUUACCUGUUUAUACCACGUACUUUGGCGUUUAAUCUUUUAUGGCUUUAUAUUGUUACAUAAGUGUUUCCUAUGUUAUGUUUCCCCACCUAAAAUAUAGGCUACUCGAGGGCAGGGAAUAUGUAUUUCUACAGUUCUGUGUUUGACAACUUCCUUGUGCAUGCAGUAUAAUAUAUACAGAGUAGGUUUAAAUUUACUUGUUGAGUGAAUAUUAGAUACCGUGGGGGGAAGCAUCAGAGAUGCUCACAAUGUGGUCCCAGUCCUCAAGUAGGUAGUAUUUUAGUUGUGCAAACAUUGUGUACACGUGUGAAACAGUAUGAGGAUUUGGAGCUAAGUAAAACAAAGUAAUACGUGUACCUAACGUUUAUGUAGUACUUAAAACGUGCCAGACACUGUCCCAGGUGCCUUUACAUGUUAAUCUAUUUGACUCUCACAAUAAUCCUUUGAAGUAGGUACAGUUCAAAUCCCAUUUUUCAAAUGAGGAAGCAAACUGAGGCACAGCUAGGUAGUUAAGUUACCUGCCCGACAUCACGAUGCAAGUAGUAAAUGGGGAGACGGGAUGUGGACCCAGGCAGUCUGACUCUCGAGUCAGUGGUUUCUCUGGGGGGGGGGGGGUUGCUUUAUGGAAGGCAGAAGACAGCUCUAAAAGCUGACACCAGUUUCUCAGCUGUAAAAGGUGCUGUUUUUCUAAUUUCAAAGUAGCCUAAAAGAUUGCAGUGACUUUGAGCUGCAGAAAUACUGCUGGAUUUUCUAGAUAGAAGAGGUUGAUAAUGAAAUGGUUAAGGGUGCACUGUAUUUGGAAAUGACUAAAGGCAAGGGGAAAAAAACUGAGUUUUGAAUCUGAAAGCUGAGUGAGGAUUUUACCUCUUCGUAGGUAUAGAAUUCUAGGACAGUCAUUCACCAAACACGGGACAGUGACUGUUGAAGUUACUGAUUUAGUGUCAGAAAAUUUAGGUGCAAUAAAAUAAUAUUGAAUGACACUUGAUACCUUACUACUUUUCUUUUUUAAGCACUUACUAAAUUUAAACCCCUAGUGGUAGUAAUUUAGCUGAAUGUGUUACUGAAGGGUUCCUGUGUACUUCUGUCUGUUGGCUUUGUCCAUAUGUGCAGUCUUGAUCCACUUUUUCAGCUUGUCUCCGGCAGUAGAGAACACUGUUGGGGCCAGGAGGCCUCUUCAAACCAAGUAAUAUGUCUUUGGUGGAAAAAACACACAAAACUGUGCUGUUGAUUUGGUGACAGACCUGGAGUGGAGUCAAACAAAAUCCAGCCAGAAGAAAAAUGAGAGGGGAGUACAUACGUCACCACACCCACGGUCCAGGAUCAGAGGAGGAAGUGCCCUUGAGUGAAGCGUGGGCCACAAACCUGGUUAGCAGCUGGGCAGGACUCACGCUCUGCAGGGCAUCCUACCUUGGAAAUAACACAAUUUGGCUUCCGUGUCGUCUUUGAGUAUGAGAGAGAAUCCUAGUUUCAGCAUGUCCUCAAUAGAAACCAAAGAACCAGGAGGAGACAUCACAGCUUUCCCAGAUUGGGAGGAAAAAUAUGGAAUGUGUUUUACUGCUGACUGAACACAACCAAAUGAACUGUACUGACAGGAGUUUGAAAACCAGCAGUUAGCAGUUUGCUUGGGCUCUGACAUUGUCCAGCACUUUCCAGAGCAAACUCACUGUUUACAAGAACUCUCAGCCUUAGGACGUUAAUAACCUCAAGCUUCGUUUAUUUAAAAUAUUUCUGCAAAAGAAAAGUACCCGGAGCUCGCUUUCCAAAAUGGCCAUGGAUGAGUAUUUGUGGAUGGUCAUUUUGGGUUUUAUCAUUGCUUUUAUCUUGGCAUUUUCGGUUGGUGCAAAUGAUGUUGCCAAUUCAUUUGGUACUGCUGUGGGCUCUGGUGUGGUGACCUUGAGGCAGGCGUGCAUUUUGGCUUCAAUAUUUGAAACCACCGGCUCAGUGUUAUUGGGAGCCAAAGUAGGAGAGACCAUUCGAAAAGGUAUCAUUGACGUGAACCUGUACAACGAGACAGUAGAAACACUAAUGGCCGGGGAAGUUAGUGCGAUGGUUGGUUCAGCUGUCUGGCAGCUGAUUGCAUCCUUCCUGAGGCUUCCAAUCUCAGGAACUCAUUGCAUCGUUGGCUCCACAAUAGGAUUCUCACUUGUUGCAAUUGGUACCAAAGGUGUGCAGUGGAUGGAGCUUGUCAAGAUUGUUGCUUCUUGGUUUAUAUCUCCACUGUUGUCUGGCUUCAUGUCUGGAGUGCUGUUUGUACUGAUCAGAAUUUUCAUCUUAAAAAAGGAGGACCCUGUUCCCAAUGGCCUCCGGGCACUUCCGGUGUUCUAUGCUGCUACAAUAGCAAUAAAUGUGUUUUCCAUCAUGUACACAGGAGCACCAGUGCUCGGUCUGGUCCUUCCCAUGUGGGCAAUAGCGCUCAUCUCCUUUGGGGUUGCGCUGCUGUUUGCCCUCUUUGUGUGGCUCUUCGUGUGUCCAUGGAUGCGGAGGAAAAUAGCAGGCAAGUUACAAAAAGAAGGUGCUUUAUCGCGAGUCUCUGAUGAAAGUCUCAAUAAAAUUCAGGAAGUGGAGUCCCCAGUCUUUAAAGAGCUACCAGGUGCCAAGACGAAUGACGACAGCACCGUCCCUCUCACGGGGUCAGCCGGGGAAACGGUUGGCGCCUUGGAGGGCAGCUCCGUGGGACACCACCCCCGGGCCACCUACGGAAGGGCACUUUCCAUGACUCAGGGCUCUGGGAAAUCGCCCGUCUCCAAUGGCACGUUUGGCUUUGACGGCCACACGAGGAGUGACGGUCACGUGUAUCACACUGUGCACAAAGACUCGGGGCUCUACAAAGACUUGCUGCACAAAAUCCACACAGACAGGGGCCCUGAGGAGAAGCCCGCACAGGAAAACAACUACCGGUUGCUCCGCCGGAACAACAGCUAUACUUGCUACACAGCAGCCAUCUGUGGGAUGCCGGUGCACUCGACGUUCAAAGCUGCUGACUCGUCAUCCGCGCCAGAGGACAGCGAAAAGCUGGUGGGUGACACUGUGUCCUACUCUAAAAAGAGACUUCGCUAUGACAGCUACUCAAGCUACUGCAAUGCAGUAGCAGAAGCUGAGAUAGAGGCAGAAGAGGGAGGGGUGGAAAUGAAGCUGGCCUCCGAGCUGACGGAUCCUGACCAGGCUCCAGAGGACCCUGCAGAAGAGGAAAAGGAGGAGAAAGACACACCCGAGGUCCACCUCCUGUUCCAUUUCCUGCAAGUCCUUACUGCUUGCUUUGGAUCUUUUGCUCAUGGUGGCAAUGAUGUGAGUAAUGCCAUUGGCCCCCUGGUGGCCCUGUGGCUGAUUUACGAGCACGGCGCAGUCCUGCAGGAGGCCGCUACUCCCGUCUGGCUGCUGUUCUAUGGAGGCGUUGGCAUUUGUACGGGUCUCUGGAUCUGGGGGCGAAGAGUUAUCCAGACCAUGGGGAGAGACCUCACUCCCAUCACCCCUUCCAGCGGCUUCACCAUUGAGCUGGCCUCGGCAUUCACGGUGGUGAUCGCCUCCAACGUGGGACUUCCCGUCAGCACCACACACUGCAAGGUGGGCUCCGUGGUGGCCGUGGGCUGGAUCCGCUCCCGGAAGGCCGUGGACUGGCGCCUCUUCCGGAACAUCUUUGUGGCCUGGUUUGUAACUGUCCCGGUGGCUGGGUUGUUCAGUGCUGCUAUCAUGGCUCUCCUCAUGUACGGGAUCCUUCCAUAUGUGUGAUUUGUCGUCUUCCAGCCAGUAAACAGGGAUAGUCUGCUGUGGGUAUGUGUGGGAGGCGUGUGCCCACAUUUCACACCCGCAUGCUCGUCCUGCCCACGCACGGGCUGUCUCCCAGCCGGCUUCUCUGUGUCCCUUCCCAAUGGUUCCAAACCACACUGUUCACCUAGGCUGUAGAGAGGCAUCCUCCAGAACUACUUAACUACUGUACAUAAUAAUGUGCAUUAAACUGGUGUCGUGGUCAUGUAACGUGGUGCGGUUACUUAUAUAUUAAAUAUAUAUUGUAUACAUAGAAUAGGUAGCAUUAUUUCAGACAUACUCACAAUGGGAGUGGAGAGAAUUGCCUAGAACCCAAUAUUCAGAAAUCUUUGUACAUAAUGAUUUCAGUGGCAGAUUUUAAGAACCUUUUAAAAGGAAAGUAUGGAUGGGAAAAUGAUACUUUUCCUCUUUAAUAUACUGUAAGAUAAGUGAGAUACAGGAUGGAUGAUACAGAUUUGGGAAGGUGUGUGUACGUCAGUGUGCUCUUGAAUAAUACUGGAACCAGAGUUCACAAGUGCUUUCACUGAGAAAUUUGUUCACAUACUGUGUAUUGAUUAUGUAAUAUAUCAUAAUGGCUUCUGUAAAUACUUCAAACUGUAAUUUUGUAACGGUGUGCUUCCCUUAUACUUUUGUGAUCAGAGACUUUUGGAAAGUACCAAAGAGGCGGGGGAAUAGUUUGCCAGUAUUAUAUUUCAUAUUGUCUGUCUCCCCUUCUCAUUAAUCCCACCCUUACCCUGGGAUGUGGCGAGACCACCAUGCCCUGACCUGCCCCAAAACAGUGUGGUGGUGAGGCACCAGCCCGCGCCGUGGGCAUGUUGCACGGUGGGUUCUCCACCCCACUGCCCCGCCACUGCCGCCCCAGGCCAGAGCCUGGCGGCCUCGUGCGUGGCCUUUUGUGUCGUCAGAGAAUGUACAGACGUGAGGACGUGUGAUCGAGCACUACAUUUCAAGUCCGGUGCAUACUGCCGCCCCAUCCUCCCCUGCAGCCUGAGGAGCGGAAUUCCUGUCUCAAAGGCGAGGCGAGAGCUUUGACACUCUAGAAACUUCGGGGGGGGAGGGGGAAAUAUUGGGCGGUACAGUGGAUUUGAGGAUUUCCUUGAGGCCUUUACUAAGCUGAACGUCCUGAUGCUCUGCUGUGGUCCCAUGGGCUUCUUUUCUGACAGCGGGAGGGAGGAAGCACGGCUAAUGCUAGAGCCUGAAACUGUGGAAAUGCUGCUAAAAUUUUUAUAUUGACAAACAUUUUCUCGGUACUUCAUUGUGAUUUUUCAUUAAUCAACCAUAUUAAAUUUAUAAUUAAAAUGCCCCUGAAAAGUUUGCUUCUGAAGUCUUUUUCUAAAUAUCUAUAUAAUGUUUUUUGUUCAGUUCCCACAAAAAUAAAAGCUAUAUAAUUUGGUUA